GCGGGGGGGGAGGGCAUGACCGGUGAUCCAGAGGGGGGAUCUGCUUGGAAUCUGGGGACACAGGAGGCCUGGAGGGCUAGCACUCCCAUAAACAAUGUCGGUGAGCGUCCACGAGAACCGUAAAUCCCGAACCAGUACCGGUUCAAUGAAUAUCUUGCUGUUCCACAAAGCCUCCCACCCAGACUGCGUCCUGUCACACCUGAACACCAUGAGGAAGCACUGCAUGUUUACGGACGUUACCCUCUGGGCCGGGAAUAAGUCGUUCCCGUGCCACCGCGCAGUCUUAGCAGCGUCCAGCAGGUAUUUUGAGGCCAUGUUCAGCAAUGGCCUUCGGGAGAGCCUCGGCGACGAGGUGAAUUUCCAUGACAGCCUGCACCCAGAGGUGCUGGAGCUGCUCCUGGACUAUGCUUACUCCUCCAAGAUCAUCAUCAACGAGGAGAAUGCCGAAUCCCUCCUGGAAGCCGGCGACAUGCUGCAGUUCCACGACGUCCGAGAUGCAGCGGCGGAAUUCCUUGAGAAGAACUUGUACCCCUCCAACUGCCUUGGCAUGAUGAUGCUCUCAGACGCUCACCAGUGCAGGAGGCUCUAUGAGCUCUCUUGCCGGAUGUGCCUGGCCAACUUUGAGAUGGUCCACGGGAGCGAAGACUUCAACUCCCUCUCCAAGGAUACGUUGCUAGACUUGGUCUCCAGCGACGAACUGGAGAUCGAGGAGGAGGAGAAGGUCUUCAAGGCCGUCCUUCAGUGGGUGAAGUACGACUCGGACAAGCGAAAGGCGUUCCUCCCAGAACUACUCAAGAACGUGCGCUUGGCCCUGCUGCCUUCUGAAUGCCUCAAGGAAGCCAUGACCUACGAAGAGCUGAUCACCGCAGAGGAGCAGAACAAGCAGAUUAUGGACGAAGCCCUUCAGUGCAAAAAGAAGAUCUUGCAGAACGACGGGGUGGUCACAAGCCCUUGCGCCAGGCCCCGCAAAGCUGGGCACACCUUGCUCAUUCUGGGUGGCCAGACAUUCAUGUGUGACAAGGUCUACCAGGUGGAUCACAAGGCGAAAGAGAUCAUUCCCAAAGCGGACCUACCAAGUCCGAGGAAGGAGUUCAGCGCUUGUGCCAUUGGCUGCAAAGUCUACAUUACCGGUGGGAGAGGCUCAGAAAACGGAGUGUCAAAGGAUGUCUGGGUCUACGACACCGUGAACCAGGAGUGGUCCAAAGCUGCCCCAAUGCUCAUAGCCCGCUUUGGACAUGGCUCAGCAGAACUUGAAAAUUGCCUCUAUGUUGUUGGUGGCCACACUGCAGUGGCUGGCGUCUUCCCUGCUUCCCCGUCUGUUUCUCUGAAGCAGGUGGAGAAGUAUGACCCCAUCGCCAACAAAUGGACCAUGGUGGCCCCUUUGAGGGAUGGCGUCAGCAACGCAGCGGUCGUAAGUGCAAGGCUGAAGCUCUAUGUCUUUGGCGGAACCAGCAUUCAUCGGGACAUGGUGUCCAAAGUCCAGUGCUAUGACCCAGCAGAGAACCGAUGGACGAUCAAAGCACAGUGCCCCCAGCCCUGGCGUUACACGGCAGCAGCUGUCCUCGGCAGCCAGAUUUUCAUCAUGGGCGGGGAUACAGAGUUCACAGCGGCGUCUGCCUACCGCUUCGACUGCGAGACGGACCAGUGGACGCGGAUCGGAGACAUGACGGCCAAGCGGAUGUCCUGCCAUGCCCUGGCCUCAGGAAACAAACUCUACGUGGUGGGUGGCUAUUUUGGGACGCAGAGGUGCAAAACGCUGGAUUGUUACGACCCUACCUCCGACACGUGGAACUGUAUCACCACCGUGCCUUACUCCCUGAUCCCGACAGCUUUUGUCAGCACAUGGAAACACUUGCCAGCCUGAUGACGUCCGCGUGUCAGAACUAGGAGAUGCCAGCCUCGAACUCAUCACAACUGAUGCUGAAGACUGCACACGAUCAGCUGCUUCGCUCUCCACCGCCGUUACAAGGUUCGUUCUUUUGUUGCACCCAGAUGGGGAGGUGCGCGAGGCUGAUUCGACAGAAGCUUAGGAAACACUGAUAGGACCGGUGGGACAAUCUAGCAACCUUCUUGGUACACUCCCAAGGAGGCAAGGAGGACUAAGCACCAGGAUGCGCUUGUGGUACUGGGUAACCACCUCCUUGCAACAAGCUGGGCUAGGAAGAGGGCAGGCCAACCUCUGGAAGGGGCUUCACAGCUCCCCCGUCUUCCCAAACGUCUUCCACAACUUGAAAGCUCUCUGAGCGGCCGCGUGAAUUUUAUUGAGAAGCACACAGCCAUAAGGGCUAGAACUGGUUCGAAUCGGUUUCAAAAAAUGGUCUCAUUUUGUAUUUUGGUGUCACCUGGCAUCCAGCAGUUUUAAUAAAAUCCUUCAUGAA